GCUCGGUAGCACCGCAGUUUGUACAAAUCGAUCAGUGGAAGUGCGAUGUUGAAGUGAUGUCUUCUCGCAGCCGGCUGGAAACAAGUCGGGCAGGUCUGCAGAUGUAGAACUUUUCACGAUCACUUUAAAGUCUUUGGAGUUGUUCCACCACUCACGUCCGUAACAGGUACUUUUCCCAAAUCGAUCGCGUUGCUUUCUUUGCACUGUCAGUCUAGUAAGGACGAAGUCACGUUUGAUCUGGAAGCCUAGGUCGUGGUGUGCAAGAGCGGAUCGCUACCUACUGCGCGCUGGGAUUGGAUAGAAAAAUAUUACCGUUGCCCAACUCAGCUCCGGUAGGGGGCAAUUGGAGGGAAUUCUACUGCAAGAUCAAGGCGUAGCGGAGCGUUGGCACUAGCUCGCAGAUAGCUUAGCGAUUGCUUCUGGAAGCCACUCUCGUAAAAAAAAUUCCAAAGGCUUCAUCACAACGCUUGGCACUGGCGAUGACCUCCCAGAGUAGUGAUGGUGUGGUGCGGCGCAGCAUAGGUGACACGGUCGCAACGCAAGCGACAUCCUCGCCCAACGUGGACGACAAUGCGGCGUCCACUGCUCCUGCAGUGGGUGCGAAGACGGAGUUGAAAGAGGCGUAUACGCAAGGGAAGCGAAACUUCGAAAUUGUUAGCCUCUCGUCGUUUCUGCUUCUUAAGGCGGUCGUCUUGUGCUAUCUUGGUUAUCAUUGGAGAAUGGCUAACCCUAUCUGGGUCCUGACAUACAUGCUUGGUGGCAUCCUGGCGGCUGACUUCCUCAGCGGUGUCGUACACUGGCUCUGUGACUCCUAUGGGUCUGUCAACAUGCCCGUAUUUGGAAAGGCAUUCAUCCGCUCGUUCCGAGAGCACCAUGUUGACCCAACGGCCAUUACGCGUCAUGACGUCAUUGAGUGCAACGCGGACAGCUGCAUGACCAUGGUGCCAGUACUCGGCUUCAUGUGCUAUAACUUUGCGCUGUACGACGAUGACAUCAUCCAGCCGCGCUACCACCUGUUCGUCCUGCUGAGCUGGCUGGCGUUCUUCGUGGCGUUCACCAACCAGUUUCACAAGUGGUCGCACACCUACGGCGAAGUGCCCAAGUGGGUGGAAGUCCUGCAGGAUUAUCACGUGAUCUUGCCGAAGAAGCACCACAAGGUGCACCACGUGGCGCCGCACGCCACAUACUUCUGUAUCACCACCGGCUGGCUGAACCACCCGCUGGAGUACAUUGGUUUCUGGACGGCCAUCGAGGCUGGUAUUCAGUUGACCACUGGAUACCGUGCCCGGGAGGACGACCUAUCAUGGGCUAGCAAGCCAAAGUAAUGCCUAGCGCAAGAUGUGCUCCGUUUAACCAAAAGACCAAAUGGCCCGUGCUGUGCUAUUUUGCUGUUGUAACUGUUAAAAAAGUACUUAUUCAUCAUUUUGACGACUGCCUGUGGGUAUGCGAACGAGUAUUUAUUUGCGUGAACAAUGUUUGCCUGUGUUUGUUAGAGCUAGAGCGGUACCUGUGCAUGGGGCAACCCAUCCGUCAACGGUUGUCCACAAAAGUAAGUUGCAGAUAGAUCUGAUGCAGAAAAUUUCCAACAGCUGCUGAAGCAGUGCUCAGUAUGCUGAAGUUAGGUCCUUUGAGUAGAUCUUGUAUCUCGCAUGUUUGGCUCAUCUUCCAAACAUGUCGCUGUGUGCCUGACCGGACUGUCGCUUCUUGAAUUCAUAUUUUCUUUUCGAGUACAAUAGUAUAGUGCUUGGUAUGUCCGGUCAUGCUGUUUGUCAAGAUAGUGCUGUUGGUUUCGCAUCACAGCGUUUCGUAUUUUUCAAAUUAUAGAAUACCCUUCCCAAAGUGAAAUAGCUUUGGUUUGACGAUAUUGCUAAGAGAAUUGAAUAUCUAUUGGAGGGUUGUGAAGUUCACUUGCUAUUCUGAAAUUUCUAAAUCACUAUUUUUAGCUCGUACAUCAUACAGAGUACGGUUGUUUAGAGUAAUAAUAUUAUUCCCGUAGCUAUGCAGAAGACGUUACUUCAGUAACGUCUGGCGCUAGCCAGGGUCCACACA